CGCUGCCUGAUGUGGGCUACUGCGCAAGCCGUGCUUACAGCUGCAGGGAAUAUAUGUCCAGCACUGAGCGCUUCGCGCUCCCACCCGCACAGUCCACUAUGGAAAGGAAAAGGGAUGACUGGCACAGGACCGAAGGAAAAGGAAGAGACCACAACCACCAGCAUGACGGACGACAGGAGCGAGAUGCUGUAUAUUCUGAAGACGCCCCAGAUGCGAGGCGAGGAGGAGAGGCUUCGAACUUUUGAAAACUGGCCGGGCGAUGCACCGGUCACCGCGACCAACCUAGCCAGAGCCGGCUUCUAUUUUCUGGGGCCCGAGGAUAAGGUCAAGUGUUUCUGUUGUGGAGGGAUCCUGAGGUAUUGGGUCCAUGGGGACAGUCCUAUCGUCGAACACAAGAGACACUUCCCCACUUGUAGUUUGGUACUGGGUAGAGCCGUUGGGAAUAUCCCACUUUAUGUCGUUCCCGGGUCCCCUUCUGACUCCGUGGACGGUCAGCUGUUGAGCCAGCUCCAGAGGAUGACUGUGGACGACCAGGCGGCCGGGCAGGCUGUUUACCCCGAGAUGGAGUUAGAGGAAUCCCGGCUCACCACCUUCCACAACUGGCCCACCGGUGCGGCGGUCCAGCCCGAUGUUCUGGCGAGGGCAGGAUUCUUCUACACAGGUGCGCAAUAGUAUUUGUUGAUGAGAGAGAAAUCCUAUUGUGAUAUCAGUGUGUGUUGUGUAUAUCCACUUUUCUAAAUUCUGUUGGGAACAUUUUAUAACUUGCUUCAUUCUUUUGGUUCCCCCAAAGUCCCAUUAAUGUUUAGUGAAGCUUUUGGACAAAGUUACACAAGCCUUGGCAAUUGGCUAUUGGAUAUUCAGAAAUAGCAGGUUCCAGUCUUUGUGUGUGAGUUCAUGGGACAAUAGUCACGCUGAGUCAUGUGUUUGUGGACAGAAAAAGCUGGACAGGACCCGGACUGCGUAAAGGAGAACAUCGCUGUUAUGCUUAGACUGUUGUGUUCAUAAAAUCUUAGAAAAUAAAACGACUAUGAGAGAGAAUGAAACAACUUUUCCUUUGUUUGAAAUUCAGUUUUGGAAAUGCAAUAACACAAUCCACAUUCUCACAGUAGGAAUGUUGGGGUGUCUGCCUGUGUGUACUGUAUGCAUGUGUGUGUGUGUGUGUGUGUGUGUGUGUGUGUGGGGGGGGGUGUAUGAGAGAGCAAGAGAGAGGGAAAAAAAAGGUGUUCCUUUAGUGUGUCUAAUCUUCAUGUAAAGUCUUUGUGUCAGAAGUGCUGUGAUAAUACUUGGUCUAUGUCCCUCCUCCUAGGACACGGUGACAACGUGAAAUGUUUCUACUGUGAUGGAGGGCUGAGGAACUGGGAACCUGGAGAUGACCCCUGGCAGGAGCAUGCCAAGUGGUUCCCACGGUAACACAACAGCACCAACACACAUAACCUGUCAAAAUGCAAUCUGUAAUGCCUUUGACCCUGUGUCCACGGUUCUGAUGUGUCAAUAUGUUACUUCUUUCUUUCUUUCAUUCCUCAGAUGUGACUUCCUGAUCCAGACGAGAGGGCGUGACUACGUCAGCAACAUCCAGGAUACCCACUUCCACAGAGAGACUGUGGUAAGUACCUUAAUCCCUAACAUUCAUCCCUCACUGUUGUGCUUCACUGUCCUCCACUGUCAUACCAAAAGACAGGAUCAUUUGUAUAUUAGUAAUGUGCCAACAUAACCGCUGUGGUCACUGUAGUGUGUUAGGGAACUCACAGAAUAGAUCCCCAGUGUUGAUUUCUUUCUCCAGGGUGUAUCACAGACUCCGGUGUCCAGAGAAAUCAACUCAGAAAAUGGUGAGUCCCCCCCCCCCCCCUCUCUAAAUGAAAUCACUGGGUGAUCCGCCCCAUGUGUUAACCUGUGCAGAACAAACACAAUAAAUAUGGAUUGCCUUGGAAACCAAUACGCUGCUUCCCCCUGGAUACAGACUAAGAGGAUGUAGUAUUUCACAAGUGGGCACUUAAUCGUGUGUGUGUGUAGCGAGAUAAUCACAAAUACUGUCUGUUUCAGCUGUUUUAGAGGACAGUCAGAGAAACAGAUGGAUCCCUCAGUGAUGCUUUUCUCUAUAUCUAUCAGAGCAAGAUUGAAAAUUCAAUUUGUUCCUGUGGUUUAAUGUGUGUCAGAGAGGUGAUGCGGGGCUCUGGGUUGCCUACUCUCUCCACUCGCACACCCUGGGGUACUGCUCUCUCUACUGUGCCAUUUAUCAAAUGAUAAAAUGAUAGCACAAUAGCAUCACAUACUGUUGCUUAAUCUGCUAUCCAUCUUUUUUCAUCAGUUUCACUGAAUAAAGCAGAGAAAAGUAAUUGCUUUAGCUUAUCUCAAGGAGAGACACAUCAUCUUGGUAACGCUGAAGAAAAAAUGCAGUGCUAUUGGUUUUCAGUGAAACUCUCUCUAUAUAACUAUGUCUCUUUCCCAACUUCCCGCUUAAUACCAGUUUUUUUUUUUUCUCUCUCCCCGUCCCUCCCUCUCCUCCCCUCCCCUCCCCUCCCCCAGAUGUGGUGGGUGGUCUGGGCGUGCCCUCGGCCAUGAUGUCUCCUGUGGUCCAGACCGUGCUCCAGAUGGGGUUUCAGGCUGGCCUGGUGGAGAGUCUGGUCCAGACCAAGUACCUGCUGAACAGCCAGCACUACACCUCUGUGUCUGGCCUGGUCACUGACAUACUGGCGGCUGAGGAGGAGGACAGGUCCAGGGGGCUGCAGAGCAGAGGUCAGGGUGAGGAUGGUGAUUAUAUUAAUGAUGAUGGAUUAGAUUUACAUAGAGCUUUCCUGAUGUUCAAAGCACUUAACAUUGUAAGGGGAGGGGAUUCACAUCAUCCGCUACCAGGGUGUACAGUACAGUAGCAGCACCUGCCUGGGUAUAGCUCACAGGGGUCAGUAGGGGUCCUAAACAUAUGCCUUGUGUGAAAGAACCCACUGCUUCUACCCAUAGAUACUUGUUUGGAGGUAGGGACCAGCAGAUGGUUAUGGGCUGGGUAGAGGCUAAGGGCCCACAGAGCGGAGGUACAUACCAUAACUUGAACCUACAGGGCUCUAAUUACACUUUGACCUCUGGGGGAGUCCUAAAAAUAGCCUGCUGGACCAAUGUUGGUAUCUUUAACUCUGAUGUUGACCACGUUCAUAUUUUAACACAACCCUUUGAUAUUCUUGUUCAUCUGAAAUGACUGGAUUGACACGGAGAAACAACAAAUGGAGACUCUUGUUAAAGAUGUAAAUAGAUAAUGUUACUGUGAGUAACCAUGUCUCACCCUUGUUUACUGUUGGUGUUUUGUGUCCCCAUCAGGGCCGGUGGAGAGGCAGGGGCUCAGUGCAGGAGGGGUCAGGACACAGACACCCAUCACAGAAAAAGGUCAGAGGUCAUGUGUAUUACACACCCACCCACCCACCCACCCACACGACCAAACUCCUGUGUGUAUUUCAGCAGUGGGCGACCCCACCCCUGAUGAGCUCCUGCGUCAGCUGCAGGAGGAGCGGACAUGUAAGGUGUGUAUGGACAAGCGGGUUUCCAUCGUCUUCAUCCCCUGUGGUCACCUGGUGGUGUGUAGCGACUGUGCUGCCAGCCUGCGUCACUGCCCCAUCUGCAGAGCCACCAUCAGAGGCAGUGUCCGAGCAUUCAUGUCCUGAGAGACACACACUCAAGUACGAGACCCCUGUGUGUAUAUUUGUAUGACACAAUUACCCUAUAGUAUCCCUAAUACACUGAGAAACAAUACACAAUUUCCUUGUUUCCCUUUUAGGCUUUUGUUUACCUUCGACAAAUGAAGAAAAUUCUAGAACCCUAGAAGUAGCUCACAUUGUUCUAUAGGUGCUGUGAGAACGUUCUGAAAAUGUUCCCUGGAUUUUGGAUGCCUGACAGAUCUGACCCACUGUUCCAACCUCAAAACCACUAUGCUGUUGAUUUGCCCUGCUCAAAAUACCCUCCAAAAGUGGCCUCUUUUUGGCUGUAAUAGAAGUUGUUGAAUUUAUAUAUUUAUAUUACUACAAUAAACA